AUAUUCUGCGGUCAUAUCAGUAAUUUAAGUUAAGUUGACGGCACGGCAUUGUUUACGCAUUUUCAACGGUUCCGGACGCUGUUGCCAAGCAUCGCAGCGGUUUCGAAGGAUUAAUAAACGGGGAUAAAAUUAGAUAUUUUAGUAAGAAAUGGACGUGACAACGUCGCAAAAUACAAAUGCUAGCCCGCGUUGGCUUGCUUAAGUUUCGUUUUACAUCCAAGAUCGCUUUGUUUUUGUGAGGAUGGUGAGUUUGUGAGGGUGAAAAACUGUUUUAAGAUAAUAAUAUCGUAGAGACUGACCGUGAAAAUGCCGCAACGGUGUGAAGCGUGCAAGAAAUUUGAUGAAGUUAUCCGACCAACCGUAGAAUAUCAAUCGGUAUAGUUGGUUGGGGUUUGACAAAGUGGAAGAAGAGGAAGAGACGUUGACAGAUUUCCAAGAAACGCUGAAACGGCAAAGCGGAGUGCGGAAAUUGCAGAAAAACAAAAGCAGCAAUUUGGAUUGAUUUUGACAAAGUUUGCCAAAGUUAGUCGACGGACUUGGGGCCCCUAGCCCAGAAUUUUCAUGAAACGCUGACGUCAGGUGCGGCGAAGACAAUUUGAAACAACCGCUUCCAAUGCGAGCGAACUAGAUUUUUAAAACGAGAUGUUUUUCCAAGAAUAUUUCACCUUGAAGUUUUCAGGCGACAAAAAUCGAGUUUUGAAAAAAAACAAAAGAUGGUCUUGUCGGUUGAAGUCAACGCCGACGGGACGCCGUUCGUCGCGAUUGGACAGUAUCAGUUCCGCUUGGAAGUGGAGGAACUUUACGGCGAAUACAAGAAAAUGGCGGAAAAUGAACUGCAGGAGACCCCGCAACGCGUCAGCGACGGACUAAACAGGCUGAGAGAUCUCAUCAAAGCGGAAGACGAUCUGUAUUUACCGGUGGACGACGACCGAUUUCUCAUCAAAUUCCUACGCCCGUUCAGGUUCAAUCCGGAACACGGCUUCAAGGUCAUGCGGCGCUUCUACCUCUUCAAAACGAAGUAUCCCAAGUACGGAGGUAACGGCGUGACGCCACACGCCGUACGGCACGUGUUCGACAACGAGGUGUUCGUGUUCCUACCUACCAGGAGUAAGACGGGCGGGAGGAUCAUGAUCAUUAACUGCGGCAAAAUGGGACCCGAAGUUGGUGAAGCUGGAGGACAUGUUCAGGUCGAUCAUGGUGGCCAUAGAAAUCGCGAUGCUAGAGCCGAAAACGCAAGUGGGUGGAGUGAACGUGAUCCUGAACAUGGAGGGGCUCGGUUUGCACCACGUUUACCAGUUUUCCCCGUCGAUGGCGAAACUAAUUAUCGAUUGGGUUCAGGAAUGUGCCCCGGUGAGACUGCGUGGCCUGCACGUCGUGAAUCAACCGUUCGUGUUCAACGUUUUAUUCGCGAUCUUCAAGCCGUUCCUCGGCGAAUACAUAAAAAAAAGGCUUUCGUUCCACGGUUCCGACCGACCGUCGCUGGCCGAGAAAAUUGGACGCGAAGGGUUACCGGAAAAGUACGGGGGGACCGCCGACAUCCCGGAUUAUCCGGGCAGCUUAUUUUCCGACAUGCUGUUUUACUACGAAGAAGAAUUUCGAGUACACAACACUUACGGCUACGGUACAACGACGACGGCGCGUCCGAUCUACACCUACGAGGACGAUCCGAAAGAAAACGAACUCGAAAGUGGGGAGGAGGGCGAGAAAAUAAAAACCCGCGCGUGGUAAAAAUAUUUUAUUGUACAAUAAAAAAAAUAUAUCAAAUGGUGAUGCAGUUUCGAUCACGAUAA